AUGUACCACGACUGGCGGCUGGUGCCCAAGCACGAGGAGGCGGCCUUCACCGCGUUCACGCCGGCGCCGCCCGAGGACGCUUCGCGCUGCGUGCCCUACCCGCCACUCCUGCGGGCCAUGAUCCUAGCGGAGCGACUACCCUGCGAAACAGGGAGGCGAAGAAAAAGGCCAAGGCCACGCCAGUCUGAAUGCUAUGGGGAGGGCUCGGGGCCCCGCUUUGUGAACGAAGACGCCUUUACGUUGCAGCUGGGUCAGCCCCCUGGGAGCGUGGAGCCAGACCCUGCCCCCGCGCCUUUGCUCUGGGCGAGCUGGCCGCGGGGGGUGGCGGGGCUGGCAGCGCGGAGCUCCAAGCGCUGGCGCGGGUCGCCUCCCCGCUCCGUGCGGCCGCUGCCCGACUCGGCCGGGAACCGUGUGCGCGCUCGAAUAAAAGCUGAACCGGCGCCCUGGGUUGUGGUUUUCUUUGCGUUUGCGGUUGGGCAGGCACAGCAGGUUUUGGGCAGGCCCGGGAGGGAGCGCCGACCCUGUGGGGUGCCUGAGCGUUGGGGCUCCCCGCGCGCCCGCCGCCCGGCCCCUUUAAACGCAGGCCCCGCCCGCCGCCGCCGCCAUCAUGCUGUGCCUGUUGCUGACGGUGCUCGCCCACCUCUUCCGGCAGCGGGCGCCGGCGUGUACGAGCGCACCUUCCUGGCGGUGAAGCCCGACGGCGUGCAGCGGCGGCUCGUGGGCGAGAUCGUGCGGCGCUUCGAGCGCAAGGGCUUCAAGCUGGUGGCGCUGAAGCUGGUGCAGGCCUCGGACGAGCUGCUGCGCGAGCACUACGCCGAGCUGCGCGAGCGGCCCUUCUUCGGCCGGCUGGUGGACUACAUGGGCUCGGGGCCCGUGGUGGCCAUGGUGUGGCAGGGGCUGGACGUGGUACGCGCCUCGCGGGCGCUCAUCGGGGCCACCGACCCGGCCGACGCAGCGCCAGGCACCAUCCGCGGGGACUUUUGCGUCGAGGUCGGCAAGAACGUGGUCCACGGCAGCGACUCGGUGGAGAGCGCCCGCAGGGAGAUCGCGCUCUGGUUCCGCGGCGACGAGCUGCUGUGCUAGGACAGUGCCGCGCACUGGCUGUACGAGUAGCUGCGCGCGCGACCCCGCGGGCCCCUCCUAUUAGCGGCCCGCCCUGGCUUCCCGCGUGAGCCAGCGUUUCUUGGGACAAUAAAGUGAAGCAAGUCCUUAA